AUCAGUGAAAGGUGAAAGAUUCGUUGUAACUAUAUAAGCACGUGUUUUAUACACCAGGAGACAUUUAUCAUUGAAUUCUGAAUCCACUCAAGUCCAUCUCACCAUGCGCUCCCUGAUUAUUGUUUUGGGCUUGAUAGCGGCCAUCGCUACAGCCACAGCCAGUGAUUACCAUGAGCACGAGCACUCGACGUAUGAAGAAAAAACGAAACCCGUUGAAAUUCCUAUUUAUAAAAAAUACGCAAUACCAAUACCUCAUCCAGUGCCUGUGAAGGUGGAUCAGGAGAUUAAAGUGCCGGUUCCUAAGCCAUAUCAGGUCCAAGUCCGAAUACCUCAUCCCUAUCCAGUCGAAGUUGUAAAAAAUGUUGAAAUACCGAUAGAGAAGCACGAGCCCUACGUUGUGGAGAAGAAGGUACCUUUCAUUGUGGAGAAACCAUAUCCUGUUUACGUGGAUAAGAAAUUCCCUGUGCCCGUGGCAAAGCCAUAUGCAGUUCAUGUGCCUAUUUAUAAACAUGUUUUCCAUCACACUUCAGGUGGUAAAGGCUGGCAUUAAAUUCUACCCGUUACCACCAAUUGUGACAAUUCGCAGAUUGUGAUUUCGAAGGCCUCGCCUUAUUUGUUAUGUUUUCACUCUGAACUGUUUGUUUUUUUAUGUAAUUUAAUAGUUUAAUAAAAAAAGAUUCUUGAAAGUA